AUGGACACAGUGCCAAAUCUUGCCCUUCAGACAAACUCUCCAAAGGCAACUGCUACUGCUACUGUCCCACCCAUACCUUCAUCAACUUUCUCAACGUCAGCUGGCCGGAGCACUGAUCUCUCCGCUCAAUACUCGACCUCAUCUAUACUUCAUCAUCCCAUUUCACCUACUUCCGCACCUUCCUCCUCUCUAUCUAACACUAUGCGCCGCUCAAGCAACAUGUCUGAAAUUCCACUUCCUAUUACUUACACACCCACUACACAUCGAAUCAGCAAAGCGAAGAAAGGAAAGCGGGUGCACGCCUGUGAAUUUCCCGGUUGCAAUAAAGUAUUUACUCGCGCAGAACACCGAAGGCGUCAUGAGUUGAACCACAACCCGGAAGCUUCCUUCCCAUGCACUUAUGAUGGCUGCCGUAAGGCUUUUCACAGAUCUGACCUUCUACAACGCCAUAUGGAACGACAUGAACUAGAAGGCCAGUCUGAUAGCGGGAUGUCGCGACAAUGGCGACACCAGAGCAAGUCUGCCUCUAUUACAUCCGUUCCUGCUACCAUGAUCACAUCGAUGCCGAUUGAUGUUUCAUCUGCAUCUUAUCCCACCAGCCAGGUCUCGACUCCCUUGUCUUCGGCCAGCCCUGUGAUUGGAAGUGCAAUUCACCCUGAUCUUGCAGGUGAUUACUCUCUGCCAUGGAAUGGCAUGGAAGUUCCUCUCCAGCCUCGCGCAACGGUCUUUGGAAGCCAUAUUCGCGACUCUCCAGAUGACUUGCCUUUCUACUCUUCUCCAGAUACCUGUGGCUCGCCAGCAUCAGAUGCGGCCGGAUAUGUGCUUCCACCGCACCCUUCCUCUGCUCCAACGUCAGUCAUGGAUCCAUUCGCCUAUUCAGACAUGUCCGCGUCACCUCUACAGCUUCCCGCAUCCACACGUGAAUGGGACGGCUUGGAUAUCACCUCUUCCGCUCCUAACAUGAUGCCGCUCGCUCUUGACGGAAAUCAGAUGAUUCACCCAAACCUUCAGUGCCAAUACCCCUCUCCAACCUGGAUGGGGAUGAAUGGUAUGCAUUACGACGAGAGCUUACUUCAGCGCCCGGCGUCCUUUCCGGAGACGACGGCAUGGAAAUCAUUGACACUGUAA